AAAACAUAAUACCUUUUCAUUUAAAAAUAAUGAUAUUUAUGGUGUUUUACCAUUUGUAACACCUGAAGUUUUAAGUGGUCAACCUUAUACUUUAGCUAUUGAUAUAUAUAGUUUUUCUAUAAUUAUGUGGGAAUUUAUAUCUGGAGUUCCCCUAUUUGAUAAUGAAGCUCAUGAUUUUCAACUUAGCUUAGAUAUUUGCAAAGGCAAACGUCCUGAAAUUAUUAAAAAUAUUCCACAAUGUUAUAUAAAUUUAAUGAAAAAAUGUUGGGAUAUAAAUCCAUUAAAAAGACCAAUUACAUCAGAAAUUAAAAGAAUUGGAAAGAAAAUAUCAUUGAUAAAAAUUUUAAAAAAGAUUUAG